UUUCAGCACUUGCAGAUCUUAUAGGAAGGAGUGUGAUAGAAGACCCGUGAGACAGAAAUGUUCUGUGCACACUCCCUCCAAAAAAGUGCUCCGAUACCAUUAGUACAUGAAUACUCAAAGCUCUGUUUCCCUCCUUUAAAAUGAAAUGGUGCAGGUUGCCUUCGUCCUGUCAGCUCUUAUUCACUGAAUCCUGUGCAACGGUGAUUAAAGGCACUGAAGUACUGCUCUGCUGCUUGCACGGGAGAUGGAAGUGCUGCACGACACUACAUCGACUGCACUCACUGCUCAGCUGUUUACGCAGCUCACGUGGCUGUGUGGCGUUGUUGGAGGAUGCCUCUCAGAACUAAGAUUCACUUGAUAUUUGGCAUAGCUGCGAUCGCUGUUAAACAUCUGACCUCUGUAGUGUCGGGGUAUCCAGCCGCUGUGAUGUCAGGCAAGUUUUGCUGGGUGGAUAAGGCAGAAGAAAGGAGGCAUCAGCAGGAAGGCAGACUUUGUAACUUGAGUUGUAUUUGCCCAAGUGUACACGGGAAUAAUUUUCAGGUUUGGUGGCAGAAGUGGGUCAGUUAACAACUCUUCAUCUACAAAGGAAUGCAGGUGAUGUUAUCAGAGCCUGGUCUUACUGAAAGUCAGCAGGUUCUGAAAUGUCCAGCUUGCCCUGAUAAACAAGAUUUGGACAUUUAAACAGUGUUACUCAGUUUGCAUAUGUUUUCAGAACAUCUAUGUCCUCUUUCUUUCCAGAGGAGGAAAGAUCUUCCAGUGAUAGGAGGGAAAGAGAAGCUAAGGCAAGGUUUGUCUUUUCUUCUCUGUGGAAUGUGUGGUGACUCGAAGGCAGUCUGGUCCGGUGAAUUAACUUAACUUUUGUCAUUGUGGUUUUGCUGUAAUACCUGUUGUAGUGUCUGGUUCUGUUGUAGCAGUAUAACAAGUUUUUACAGAUUGAUACCUCUCAGCGGGACUUGAUCUGAAGUACAAAACCAAAAUAAAAUACAUGGCAGCCAUGAAGUCUCACAACAAAUCCCCCUGCCCUGGAGGGCCAGUAGCAGUUCUGCUCUGCCUGGCUGGUGCAUUUGAACGGACCCUAUGUGGAAAGCGAACUCCUGAUUAACAUACUCCUAGGGGAGGGCUGGUGCUGAAGGAACAAAGAAGCUGCUUACCCCAUGGCAGAAAAUUCUGACUUAGCAGGCCAGGCCAGAUGCCUACAAUAUUCAGACCCAAACUGAGCGAGGACGCUGAAGGAUACUGUGUACAGGAAUGUGCUUUCCAGAGCCAUCUAACCUCUCUUUGGUUCAUUAAACAUUAAGUAUACUUGGCUAAGAAAUCACUUUUGCUACAUCUUGGCUUUCUAUCUUUCGUGUGCUCCAAAACAUGGAACCAGAAGUCUAGUUUUCCAUAACCGUUCCUAAGCCACUGGGGGCUUACAGGGACUUGUGCAGUCCCUACAGAGCCUGAGCUCGGGGCCCCUGUCCCACAAGAGAAACAAACAAGAAGCCUGCUCUUGGGAGAAUGUCGGGGGCCUGGCGCUGAGGACUCUCAGCACGCUCUUCCUGCUUUUAGCCUGCUUUGUUACAGAAAUAAGGUUUGAACUGGUGCAUUGUCCUCAGUUCUUUUCAGUGGCACAUUUUUAACACCAAAAACCACUGACAAAGUUUGACAAAGAUGUGGAGGUGCUGAAGCAGUUAAGUUCUAGCUGGUUUUAGGAACAGGCAGUCAUAGAAAGAGAAGAAAGUUUCCACUCUGAGGAAAAAGCUGGAUUCUUGUAAGAAUCCUUUUGUGGAAAGGAAGAUAAAAAUGACUCAACAGCAUGAAACAGCAUGAAAGUUGCCCUUCCUAGGCUUCAGCUAGACCCCAAGCGCCUGUGGGAACAUGAAACAUCUUGGUGUAUGACAACAAGCACACUAUUCCUGGAAAACGCGCUCACUUCUCAGAAGCAGAAAUAAUGGCUUCUUCUCUCAAAACAGAUCCCCAUUUUGGCAUGAUGACAGUGUGGGAUCUUCCUUCGGGACAUGUGCCAGCAGAGUUAUUCUGCACAGCCCCGUUCAGGGUUGGAGAAGCAUGCCGUGCGUCCUCAGUUCUGGGCUGCCAAGAAUCUUUACUAUGCAGGUACACCUUGCCUGCUUUGCUCUUGUCCAAAAAAAGACCCCAACAAAACCCAAAGAACUGUUAGUUGUUUGGACAAGCAUUUUUAAUUGCACCGUGAGGAAGUUAUAUUCAAAAUUUUCAAGGAUCUGUUGCUCUUCUCCUUAUCUUUAUUCAUCUCAUUCUCCUAUAGCCUGAUUUUGGAUGGGUUUUUAACUCAUGGGUUACUGACUGGAGUGUUACAUUUUUUGCUUGUAAGCUUCCUAGAUAGACAGCUUCCUAGAUGGAUAAUGUCUCUUCUGUUCUGUCCAUCACCUGUUGCAUACAUACGGAUACAAGAAGCAAUUUGAAAAAUGUUAAAUGCUUGCUAGAGGUUAGUAUUUUUGUGUAGCUUUGGGUCUGGUUGCUGUCAGAAUAUGCUUUUUCUCAGUGAACAAGCCAGUAUAAUCUCGAUUAAAUGUGGUAUGAGUGUUAAAAGGCAUCGAUAAGCCAUAUUAAGGUUUGGGUCUACCGAGCAUGUGAUAAAUCAGUGAAACCGAAAGACGGUUCCAAGAGCUUUCUGAAAUCUUAAAUCUUAAGCUGAACAGUGGUAAACUUUUGAACUCGAAACUUGUUUGGGGCUUUCUGGUUGUAAAAGGUACUUUUUAUAUAAGCUUAGUGGAAAACACUUGACUAAUAGCAGUAUCUUUUUGUAAGAAGGCAGAAGGAAAAAUAGGUGUUUUAGACCGGCAAAAACAAGCUGGGUUCCUGCUGUGUCAGAUCUGAAGAUGGGAUUGUAAUUUUCCAAGAAGCAACAGAACUUACCCACUGGCCGUGCUGUUCAAAUAAAUGCGUCUCCUCUUCGCCUCUUCUGUGGUCAGAUGCAGAGCUCACGACAGCUGCAUAUUUAUGGGUAAGAGGAAGGUGGUCUUUUUGGCAAGCAUGUAGAAACAUUUCUUGUAAAGAUACUGCCUCUUUACCAACCCGAAUACCGGGUUGCCUGUCAACAACUGGUCCAGCACUCGGACAGGCCCCGCUGAGCUAGAGGUGUGAAUUCAGGGGGCACACACCUGUCCCCAGCAAGUCAACGUUUCCAGUGCCUCCAGCAGCGAGAAUUUCACUGGCAGAAAACGUCUAGACUUUCCCUGAUAGUGCAUAAAGAAACAUAUUUAAAAUUGGGAGCGUAGCUUGGACUGUAUGAUGAGGACUGCUUAGUGAGGGUUAACCAAGAUGUGGGUUGUAGCGUGGCGUGAGGGUCUGCCCCCAUCUUUUCUGGAGGGACCAGGGAGAUUCUUCUGCCUGAGGCAGGAUGGUUGAUGUGCUGGUUCCAGGAGCUAUUUAAAACACUCCUGGCAAUAGGACUGCGUUUAAUUAAGCUCUUGCUUUAUCCUGACUGGUCGGGGACUAAAGAAUUCUCACUGUGAUGCUACAGCCACAUCGAUUUGUUUUGUUUUCCCGGAAAGUGAACAAAGGUGACGAAGACAGGAAUGCCGUGCCGCUCAUGCAAUGAGUGCAUGUUCCCUUUUACAGAGCUAAUAACUCACUGGGGCGUGCAGACCAAACCAGCUGUGACGUUACCCGCUACCAGGUUCAAGAGGACGUUUUUCCGUGCUCGGGAUGACACCAUGUCUGACACCAGCGGGAGAGUGGUAUUGCACAGGCAGCCUGCUUAGAUGGCGUGCUCGGUCCUCCCUUGGCCUCCAGGAGCUGCCCCAGCCAGGCUGUUUUGCCUGGAGGCUGGUAAUAAUUCUUGCUGGUGAGAGUCCAGUUGUUUCACAAGGAAGUAAAUCCUCAGAUGUCAGCUCGGCAUAGGAGCAUCCAUGAAUGGAUCCUCCCCGCAGAAAGCCUCUCCCACUGUAUCCGUUUCCCUAUUGAACAUAACAAUACCAUCAAGAAGCAAUAAAUCUUUGCACUGGGAGAAUUUGGCGUGCUCGUCAGCACAAGGAAACAGCAGGGAGAGGAAAUGUCUAUGAAACCACAGCCUGGGGCUCUCAAAUGUUUAUCUGAGCUGGUGAGCAAAAGGGUUUUGAGACCAUUUUAGAGUCAAAAACAGUCCUUUAUUUUGCAUAGUUGGCUGGCUCUUACUAGGGAUUGCCUAGGUAAAACGCUCUUACCAGAUUUCAGGAAGAGGGUAAAGGUCUUCCUGGCUGACUGCAGUUUGAAUAACGUUGAAGUCUCGUGCUCAUGGCUUGUUACAAUUGCUAAGUUUGGUCAUUUUCUUACAAAGGAAAGACAAGCGUAAAAUUCUCUUACCAGACUUUCUUCUCAUUUCUUUUUCUACGCUCUGGCUUGUUCUUAUUAAAAGAACAUUUUGCUGAGCAGCGGGAAUUAAAAUAGUACUAGGCAACGUCAUGUGCUUUACUCCUGUGCCUUCCUUGGUAAUAAACACCUGGGCAGCUUCCUCUUACCUUCCAGCAGUGCUUCGUAGCGGUGGUCUUGCCGUGAGGCAUCUGGAGCUCUGCAAGGCUUCUUCUCUGGGGAAGCUUCUUCUUUAGGGGCGUGGAGUCGGAGCCUCUGGACAUCCUGCUGUUGGAGGUGCUCUGGGCAGCAGAAAGCUUACACGUUUGUGUAGUUUUGGCCUCACUUUCCCACUUCUGUAGCUGGUAGCCUGCCCAGUCAGAGCUUUCCGGACCUGAGGAAAGGAAGGCAGCCCGCGAGUUCCUUACAGCCUGGGCACAAUCCGAGGGCGUAACAAGCCAUGGGGACGUGGUGGGAAGCAGUGGUGAGGCUUGCUUACCCGCAGCCACCUACUCCUUGGGAUUAACCACUGUGCCAGCGCAGAGGUUUCGGCCACCCUGCGUCCUGCCCCAAAGCAAGCCAGCAGGGAGCACUUCCCGGCUGCAGGGCAGGGCUGCUCCGGCCUCUUGGCGUGUGGCCGGGAUGGAGGCGCUCUCCUCUCACAAGUGGUACCCCCGGCCUCGGGGGCCCUACAGAGCUGUCUGCGGCCGCUGAGGUGUCCCAGAGUUAACCCCACCUCGCCUCCUGCACCCUCCCUCUGCCUCCCUGCGGGUUUCGGCAUGCUUGUUUGCAGUGAGGUGAGGAACCAGCGGAAGAAAAACUCAGGUUUCUAUUGGGAAGUGCCUGGCUGACAGUCCUUGCUGCGGACAGACUGCCUGCCACCAGCACAGGCUUUUAAUUCAGGCACCAGUGAGCCGGGUUGGGUUGGAGGGGCUGCUUUAUUUAUUUAUUUUUUUUAAAAUCUAUUUUACUGUAGUGUCACAGAGCAAGCUCUCAGAUGUGGAUGUGUCUGAAUGAGGCUUCGCGGUGCCAGGCGCUACUAAAAACACUGAUUUCUUUUCCCUUAUGUCCCUGGAGGUCAGGGAUUUGCCAGAUGUCGGAGGAAGAGGUUGAGAUAACUUGGUAAAGCAUCCUUGAUGGAAAACUGUCCACAUAACUCAGAAUUAAUUCAUGGGCCGUGUUCUGACUGGUGGGGUGCUCUGGAUCCCUGCCAGCAUGAGCUUGACUAAUCUUUGCCUGUGACUCAGACCAGAGAUAUGUUGUUGGGAACCUCUUUUUUUUUUUUUUUCCCUUUUGAAAAAAUGAAGUGAAAGUUUAUCAACCUGUACAGUUAAAUGAAGGAUCAGCUAGCCAAAUGAGGAAGUAAACCUUCCUACAGAAUGAGCUCCAACCUGCUCACUGCACUUGUUUGCUUUCAGUUGACAUCAGCCUUGUCAUAAAGGCUCUAAAUACUGGCUGACUUCCUUGUGGGCUCAGUGCUACCCUGAAUCCAGCUUCUGGCUCGCCAGUGGUGGGGCGAUAUCGCUGGGACUCGGACAGGUAACGUGCAGAGCGAGUGGGACCACCCGCGAGUGCAGCUCCCGGGGGUGGCUGCUUCUGUUACUUUUGGCAAAUCUGGCAGAGAGGGUGGGGAAGAAAAAGGCAAAUCUUUUUGUACUCAUCUAGUCUUGUUGUUAGGAGUUUAUGUGCAUCUCCAAUUUGUGAAAGUAAAAAAAUGUUAUUUAUCUGAAAGUAGAGCAACACCCUUUGUUCAGAGAAGAAAAAGCUCAGGGGAGGGCCCCAAGGAGCUGGCUGGUGCAGGCGGUUUGCAGGGUGACUCUCGGGGACUGAGGGGGAAGAGGAGGCAGCCCGGCCCGCACGUGUGUGCCUGUGAGCGGGGCACAACCCCACAGCAAGAGAGGAGUGCCUCUGGGUAAAUUUAGCCUGGAAGUGAGAAGAGGUUAUUAGCGGAGGGAAAAACACGAACAGCUUCCCAACAGGGUCUGCUGAGGGCUGGGGAAGGUGGCGGGAGGAAAUCUAAGCAGUUUGAAAAUGAAGGUCAGAAAGUUCAUAAAUCGGAUUUUACAACCUGUUUGUGUGUGAUAGGAAAAGCUGGGCUCUGUGGUGCAGGGUUUCUUCUCACCGUAUCUUUUUGCACUGGUUGUAGCAGCCAGCUGACCUCUUGGACUUGGGCACACUCCCGAUUGCUUACCGAAGUGUAAGCUAGUGAUUUUAUUAUCCGUCAGUUCUCCCUUUCUAAGGGUGACCAAGGCUUUCAUCUCAGGGUUUCAAACGUGCUGAUUCUGUGGUGAAAACCCUGCAGUCACGCUAUUACUCACGUUUAGUAUCUGGCCAGACAGUAGCAGAAAUGCAGCGGCUAACUUUGCAGAAAACCCGGUCAGGCCAGGAACGCCGUGCUGGUGAGCAGCCUUCCUUCAGCGAACGCUCGCGCGCGGCGCGGGGGCUGCGCGGUGCGGUGCAUGCGUGAGACAGCCGUGGUCACUGCGCCCGCUGCAGCUGCAGGCCUGGCCGGGGAGGUCGUUGCCUCCUUUCUGAUGGAGUCCAGGACCAACACGCAGAACACAACGCGAUGCUAACGUGGGAUAUUGCUCUGGUGCAAACCGUACCCGUCAGGAUGCGUGGAAACACAGCUUUAAAAAAUAACAGGGAUGGCUAUUAAAAUAUGCCUUGAAUGUGUUCUUUUUGACCUGAGGACAGAUAACAAUUUCAGCUUUUCAUUUAUGAUAAAUUAUUCAGAUAAUCCAGACAUCAAAACAAAUGAAGUAGCACGUGUCAACUUGACAGAGUGUUCAGAGCCCCUGGCUGCGCACCUGAAAGCAGGGUUUGCUGCACUGCCAACCCAGCCGUGACAGCUUGAGCUAUUUUCAGGUACAAAGCUAUAUUUCUGUAUUUCAGCUCAGUGAGCAGUUAUUUCAAGGCUGAGAAAUCAUUUCAGUACUGAAAAAGCAGGGAAAUUCAUUUUCAUUGUCAGACCAGGAACUGAAAACAAGGAUUAGAGGUAAAGUGUGCCACAUUUCUGAAGUCUACUGUAGGGAAAGCCUGUCAAGUCCACCAGCUAAAAUAAACAUCACUUCCUAUUGUUUAGAUGGAAAAGUACACGUGGUAACCGCUUUCCCCUUAUGUAUGUGACAUAAUCAAGGUAUUUUCUGUUUUGCUGAUGCUGCUCAUCACUUUAAUAGCUCAAGAUUUCUUCUGCAGAAAAAUACCUGACAGUUAAAAUGCUAUGUAGGGAAGUAAAGGUCAAAGUUGUACAAGGUAUGGUUACUAACUAAUUAUAGGGUUUUCCUGUUUCUGGCUGAACAAAUGCUAAUUGGUUUUAAAUUAACUGAGCCCAAUGCAGAUUUCUCUUCCACCACCCUGGGAAGGGCUUUCAAUGCCUCGGGGAGGAGCUGCGGUCACGGUCCCCUCCCAUCGGCUCCUUCCUGGUGGCUCCAUCUCCUCCUCGAGAGGAUUUCAGCUUCUGAGCUCCCCGAGGGGGCAGGAGAAGCGGCCAGGCGAGCGCAGAUCAGGCUGGGAAGGGGAGCGGAUGGGGGUGCUGCGUCUGGCCAGGAAGGUACUUGUUUGGUCGGAUAAUUCUGGGCCAUUUGCUGGCCACGACGAGGCUGUUAACCUUGGCUUUUACCAUCACAGAGCAAACUGCUGAUGGACCGCAGUGGCCCCGGAGCCGCGUCCUUCCCAGGGCUGAACGCCUCGCUCUCACAGCUCCAGAGUUUGCUGCAUUUUCUUCCCCGUGCACUCUGCACCUGACCUGUGAGCAGCCCGCACUUGUUCUCCCAUCAGUGACGGUGCUGAGAGAGCUGCAGGGAAGGGAAGACGGCCGCACUUGUGUCCUACACAUGGGUGGGGGAACCGGCCAUGGCUGUGAUUCUGGUAGCACCAAUAGCCGCAGAGGUGCGGUGAGGGAAGCGUCAGUGCAAGCACGCCAAACGUAGCUGAGAGCAUUUGGCCUGGUGGAUGAGUAGUCCCCAUGUGUGUCCUCGUCUUGUUUUGCUCGCUAAGUUGAAGUCAUUCUGGGCAUGGCUGCUUAUGCUGCCCAUCGCUUUCGUUUACGGGGCAGAGCAGAAAUGUAAAUAGUGAAGUUCUGGAGAAGCUCGAGGUAGCUUUCUGCUGCAUCGGCACACUCAUUUCUGAAGUAGCUGCUUCUCUCGACAAUAAAUCUAAGUGAAAUUGAAACCACUUUUCAGAUUGCUUCCAACCACCGCUGAUGACAGCUUUCAAAAACCAAGCUGCUUCUCCGAAUGUGAAUACCCUCACUGAAAUAGAAAACAACAGGAAAAUAUUAACUCAGGCAUCACUGGAACGGAUGAGUGAUAGGAUUUCAGAAGGGUUGUCUGUGCAUGCACACAGACACAUACUAGGAAACACUGCCCUGUAGAGAAGUUCAGAGUUCCUGGUUACUUUGCAAAUAAUGUGUUUCCUUAAAUCACUUGGUGAGAUUUGCUGUGCAUGUUAAGUUGCUAUGGCAUCUGAGAUCAUCCAACAACAUUUGUUAGAUUUUUAUCUGCGGCUCGUUAACCACACUGAGCAAAUUGAAAAUCCCCGGUUACACUGCGUUUUAUAUCAUAUCCUGUCAGAUAAGUCUGAAGAACAAACUUCACGCAUGCAGCGUGACCGUGUACGGCAGCCUUGCAGAGCUCGUGAAGUAGGAUGACACCUGUCUGACAUAAUGCCCGGGGACCGACAAACGUUGCGUGGAACACGCCGCUGCUGUAUAAGUAGGAGCGGGACAGAAAAAUGCUUAAAUGUUGAGAGAAGGCUGGGACGGUUUCUUCAGAGAGAAGACAGCUGAGCAGAUAGCCUCUGCUGUGUGCUAGACAACUUGCUGAGCUGGUACGUUCUUCCUUAAAUCUUGUGCUUUGUUAUUUCUGAUCUUUCCCCUGCCUGAAGCUGAUGCCUGCUGGACGAGGCUGGGAGGACAGCAGCGCUGCCUACGAGAGGAGCAUCGAUGCCCGCUGGGAUGGCGCUGGCCGCUUCUAGCAAGCCAGCGCCACCACGCUCCGGGAGAGUUUCUGCAGCAGGGAUGGAAGUGCAUCACAGCAAGCUGGACUUUUUCUGCAAGCUGGGCUACAGUAAGCAGGACAUCUGCAAAGUGCUGGAGAACCUGGGCCAAGAAGCCCUGGAGGACGACGUGCUGAAAGAGCUGAUUCGGAUGGGGAGCAAACCCCAGGCUCUGGAGAGCCAGGCUCAGCCCUCCCUGCCAAAGCUCGUUGCCCGGGGGUCCUGUAGCACUUCUCCAGUGCCACAGUGGCUUGGGGGAGACGAAAGCGAUUCCUCCAGUCACUUGAGACCCAUUGUGAUCGACGGCAGCAACGUUGCAAUGAGCCAUGGAAACAAAGAGGUCUUUUCCUGCUGGGGGAUCCGUCUGGCGGUGGACUGGUUCCGAGAAAGGGGGCACACCUACAUCAAGGUUUUUGUCCCGCUCUGGAGAAAGGAGCCGCCUCGACAAGACAGUCCCAUUGCAGAUCAGCACAUUCUUGAAGAGCUUGAGAAGCAAUCGAUCCUUGUGUAUACCCCAUCUCGGAAGGUGAAAGGCAAGAGGGUGGUUUGCUACGAUGAUCGCUACAUCGUGAAAGUUGCUUAUGAGAAAGACGGAGUCAUUGUCUCCAAUGACCAUUAUCGGGAUCUCCAGAAUGAAAACCCUGAGUGGAAGUGGUUUAUCGAGCAGCGGCUGCUCAUGUACUCGUUUGUCAGUAACAGGUUUAUGCCUCCUGAUGACCCCCUAGGCCGGCACGGACCCACCCUUAAUAAUUUCCUCAGCAAAAAGCCAGCGCUUCCCGAACCAACGUGGCAACCUUGCCCCUACGGUAAAAAAUGCACCUAUGGCAAUAAAUGCAAGUUCUAUCACCCAGAGAGGCCACAUCAAGCUCAGCUGUCAGUCGCUGAUGAGCUCAGAGCCAAAAUAAAGGCACCCGUAAGCCUGGGGAAGGAGGAGGAGCCAUGCAACCACUCUCCAUGCCGGACUGGCCGAGAUCCCGUGCCUCCUGACACUGGCACAGAAACGCUGCAGGGAGCUGGCAGCGGUGUGGGGCCCUCCUGCUACACGGCCUGGUCCCCAGGCAGCUACUGCCCACGGCUGGCUGACGCCAGGGCCAUCGGCCUUGACCCUGCCCUGGAGCAGGACCAGAGGCUGCCAGACACCCUGAGGGACGGAGCCCUCGUGGAGGAGAUGUCGGCACUCUCCAUCAGCGACAAGGUGUUAUGUGGAGCCAGGCCAGCCCGUGCCCCCCAGGACCGAGAGGUGGCCGACAGCCCCCGGGGCUGCUGUAGCCUCAGGCACGGCCCCUUCCUGCUCCACCACCACCACCCCUCGGACUGCGCCUGGAGGCACGCGGAGCACUGCUGGCCUCAGGAGGGCCCACAGGGGCCCAGGAGCCGCUGCCUCCACACCACGCCUCAGCACGGCCCAGCCCUACAAGCACAGCAGCAGCAGCACCUCCUGCCGCCCUCCACUGUGCCUCCAGCUGGGCCGCUGCAGGGGUACGGUGAGCAGCCGGCACUGCCCAGCCGCUGCUUCCCCAGCCAGCCCCUGCUGCUGGAUGCCAGCAGCGGUCUCGGCUUCUUCCAGAAAGCCUACACUUACCCUGAUGCUGCAUACUGCAGUUACUGGCCGCCCCCCGCUGCAAGACCUCCUUGUGCCCAGCAGGCGAGCGUCCACAGGGAGCUGUGCACCAUGUUCUCCUGCGCUGAGGUGAACCAAGUCAUGGCCUUGUACCCAGACAUCAAGGACAUCGCUAGUUUGACUUUACUCAUUCAAAGACACAGGAACUUGUGAAAACUCCAGGGUAAGCUUCCCAGCAACUGAAGAGCUGCUGUUCUGAGGGUUAUCUGAGUGUUAUUAAAGGGCUUUGUGAGCAGGGUUAUGGCUGUUCAAGUAGCACGCAUCUAAGCCUCAACCAGCUAUGGUGCACGGGGUAUCGAGUCAAGGCAACCGUUGUGGUUCACAGCAGUGGGGACCUCAGUCACCUUGCUUGGAAGAGAAUAGGAGGGCUUGGGUGAACUAGCUGAGCUGUCAGCACAUGAACCUCCCUGUGGCCUGUUUUUUAGGCUGAGGUAGCUCACUGUUAAUUCCUUGAAACACUAGACAUGUUUUCAAAGUCUUAAUGUCCUGGUCAACUACCCUGAAAGAGACAUUCUCCAUGGGUCUCGUUAAAGGGCUCCUCACAGACCUAUCAUGACUAGCAGAAAAAGUAAUUUGGCAUAUUUCCCCUAACAUGUGGCUGUGCUUUCUGCUACAAGGCGUCUUCGGGUCCAUGUCAGUGCCUGAUGGCUUUUAUCACUAAAGCAACCCUGUCCUACAGGCGCAGCCCUGCAUCUGUGAGCUUUAAAAGAAGCAGCUAGUGUUUACGAACCAAUGCUAUGAACCCAUAAGAUUACUGCUAGAAGUUGUGGAGAGACUCCAAGCUCUUGGAAACAGCUGCAGGUAUAUUUCUCAGGGCUCACGCACAACAUAAAUCAAGUCAGGGAAGUCAUUGUUAAUAUAAGUCCUGCUGUGGACUGAAGGCUCUGGACUGUUUCUUCUUAUUUGAGUUAACACAGACAAUAGCAAGGAGGAAAAAAAAACUAACAACUUUAAAGGGCCUCUGUUCUAGUGAACAAGAAAACUGUUGUUGAAUUAACCCUUAAUUACCAAAUGUGGUCCCAUAAUGCCAUUAUACAGAUGAUUUAUGAUUACAAACAUUUAAACUGUGUUCUGCUGGGACGUUCGAUUUUCAGUAAGCUGUAAAGCUGCUAAUCUCUGCAUUACUCCACUGACUUCUUCAGGGUAUAAUUCAAAUGUUAAGGUUGAUCCUGAAAGUUUUUGGCAUUUUACCAAAGUUUGAGUAUGUCAGUAUGACAUGUUUUAAAAAUUAUUUAGCACAUUAUAAAAUGAUCACCUAGAACAGUUUGCUCUGAAUAUGUCUGUUUGUAUGCCUUUUUUCGAAAAUAUUUUUAUUCCAUUCCUUUUAGCACUGAUGGAUAAUUAGGUCUAAUACUCAGGUGGGAUUUACAAAAUCUCUGCACUCUAUGUGGCCCUGCACUCUAGGUUAGGUUCUUCUCAGAAGUACAGUCAGGCCAGAAUUAAACAGAUCUUGCUGAAUUCUCUUGUUUUUGAAAAGGUGACCAAGGAGAAGUAAUUUACCCUUAGUAUCACUAUCAACUAUCAAAUGAUUCAUCUUGAAUGUCGUGCUACUUUAACCUGUUUCCUUCUGGAAACCACCAGCACCUUUUUAUUUUUUUAUUUGCUAAAAGACUGAUCAGCAAAUUAGUACAGAAAUAAGCAAACUGUAUCAGCUGAAUUGCUUGUGGUCACAUGGUGGUUGACUCUGUCAAGAAAUAAUUAUAGCUUUUUCCUCAUGUUAUUUUCCACUAGUUAUAGUCAUUAUAAUAGUGAUUUUUUAAAAUAAGUUGCCUCAUUCAGAUAAACAAGUUUUGGAUCAUCAGAACAGUUUAUAAGUUAUCCACUGGAAAACGCACACAGAUUAGAACUGAUGUUAAACCAAAACUAUGGAAAAAGUAUCCUGUGAACUGCUUUGGAAAGUACUUAAGUUCUACAGCCAUUGUUAGUUGCCAUAAAAUAUGCGCACACUGCUUUUAACACAUCGAAGUGACCAGACAGGCUCACCGGAUUGCCUCACGACCUGUACCAGAGCUUUCCAAGCUACCUGCUUGCACAUCGGCACACUCAAAAAGUGCCAUGCAGAGUGGAAAAAUACCUUCCAAAUGCUCAAACAGCAAGUUCCAAAUGCCAGCAUUCAGAAAAUACACACACGACACGUAUGGUUAUAGCCUGCUGCAGUGCCAACAUGUUUUUAUGUCCGGAAUGUAGGUAGGUUACCUAUUUCAAUACAGAAAGCAUUUAAAACAUAGAAAAAAUGGCAUGGUGCCUUUAUAUAGUGCCCUUGGCUUGCUGGCAACACGUACGUAAGCUUUUCUCCUUUUCCUUCAAGAACGCAUUGGAAUUUGGUGCUUGUUCAGAACCUCUCUCUUAGGUUUAAUAAUUUAUUUUGCGUUCAUUUCUGCUAUAGUUACUAAGAAAUCUUUCAGUAAAAUACUUAGAAUGUGCAUUCUACUGAGAAAGCGUCUGAGAAAAUAAAUCAGACUUUGGUGCUAAACAGAACUUGAUUUCUCUUGGCUCAUCCACUCAGAGGGAUUUUUCUCAUGAAGUUUGUGUUUCUAGGGCAGAGCAGCAGCAGCGUUACGUCAUUGAGUGCUGCAGAGGAACUCUGCCCUUGGCGAAAAGCCCACGGCAAGCAAAAACAGUUUUGUUAUUUUGCCACUGAGCAAGCAUGUGGGACUCAGGACCUUCUGCUGCAGUUUUUUAUACUUUCCAAGACAGUAGGAUUGCUUUCUGGCUUGAGAGGUAAGGGAAGAAAUUGCUAACAGAAAGGAAUAGGUACCUCUUGUGCAGACACGAUAGAUGGCUGUUGCUAUUUGGUGUCUCUGCUGAGAUGCAUUUGAGUCCAGCUCUUGCUGCCAAGUUGAAAAUGAAUCCAUAAAUCCCAACAGCCUGAGAGUCUCAGAAAGCCCUUGAUGUUCUUUGCUCUUUGGUCAUCAAGACUCUUUUAGAAGAUUGAAGCAGUGGGAGCAAUCCUCCAGGAGCCUGGCUGCUUUCCUAAGGGAGAUUUGCAAAGUUGCCAAAUUUAUUUUAAGACUUAAAAAACAAAACAACAACAACAAAAAUCAUAGAAGAAGAGCCUCUUCCCUUCUCCAAGCUCACUCUUUCCCCAAAAGCUAGGAAGCCAAAGACACCCCAAUGUGUGAGUGGCUGGGGAAACUGGAAAUGAGUAUUUCACUGCAGGGUUGUGGGCAUUUCCCUGGCGUGAAAAGGGCACCGGGCACAGCCCUGCCCAGCGCUGCUGCUGGAGCCCGCUGCUCCUCCCUCGGCUUCCCUAGAGCAAAUGCUUCUCCACGAGCCUACAAACAGUCUGGCGAGUCUAGAUGCCAUGACAAUUCACACCAUAGGAAGGGCUAUGAAGUAGGUGAUCUUGCUCUGUAUUCAACACUUGGUGUAUUUGCCAGUUAUUCAGAGUUUUGUUACUAUUUUAACUCCCUAUGAAAACUGGCACAACUUAUGAGCAAGUAUUUAAACUGAUCACAAAUAUUUAAGCAGGACAGGAGUCGUAGCCUCUCUCCUGCUUAAAAAUGUUGGAUUGCUAGGAAGGAAGGAGAAGGUGAGUACCUCAGGGAGUGCGACAGACCACCUCUGCAAGAUAUAAAAAUAUAACCCUCUGGUUAUAUUUUUAUAUAAGGUUAUAUAAGCCUUUAACAAGCAGACGCCUCCCUUGGCCAAAGGUACUUUAUGUUCUUUAUCUCUGAGACAACAAUUUAGAUAGUUUUUUCUUCCACCUUUUGGACGGACUUUCCCCAGGCCAGGAGCCGGCAUGCCUCUGCUUCAGUCCCACGGCGCUGGUGGGACGGGCAGGCCUCGCGCAGGCCUCGCACCCUGGAGCAGGGUGGCACGACCUGGCAGUGCCUUUUGUCACCAGCCUCAGUACAGUGUUCUGACCUGCUGCCAACCUUUAAGGGGGUUUGUGGCAUUUUUGUCCUGUCUCCGCUCUGGACUGCCAUCGCCACCUCGACAAGGUGAGGCCCUGCAGCAGGCCGGGGGCACUGGCACCACACGAGGUCAGGCAGUGCCACCCUGCCCCUGAGCCAUCAUGCCCUUCACUGGGAAGGGCCCAAAUCACAAAAGUUUUUUUGAACCUGGCACAGACAUCUUUGGCUUGGCAGAGUCCUGACGUGCUCAAGCUGUUUUCCCAUCCUGCCUUAUAGCAGGCCUCCCAACAAACACUCUGUGCAUGGAGACAGAGGCUGUGUUACACCCACGUUUGCUUGUGCUGACUUCAUACAGCUUUCUCUAAGGACCUAAUGGGUUGCUAGCAGAACCUAGCAAUCAUACACUCUUAACUACAUUAAAUCCUAAAACCCAUCUAUCCUUCCACUGCCACCAAAACAGUGUGUUUGAGGGAGUUACUAACAGUACUGAUUUCAUACAGAAGACAAAUGUGUUUUACAGCACUACGUGGCAGAAUAAAACCAUAAAUUAGAAGCUGACAGCAAAGCAUGGAUGGCAUAAAAACAGUCAAUCCAGAUAAAUGGAAAUCAAUUUUCACGUAGAAGACCAAAGAGGUGUUAAAUAAAAUUAUAGCAAUGUCAAGCUGGUAGAAACAAGCACUGUAUAUUACACAGGGUAUGAUUUACCUC